AUGUCUUCAUCAACAUCGCGUUCCCAGUCCGCCGCCUCGUCGGUCAAGGCCAUGGAACGCGAGUCCCGGCCCAGCGACCUUGCCGAAAAGAGCAAUCACUUGCAUGACGCCGAGCCCGCGACCAAUCACACCGAGGCAAACACCCUGCCCCAGGUCGAGAAUGAGCCGCAAGGCGAGAAGAUGCCCAAUGGCGACGCAGAGAAGGCCGGCCCGCCCCAGGCGCCGCCGAACCCGAUGAUGGACCCCAAGAGUUUCCCCGAUGGCGGGCUCGAUGCGUGGUUGUGCGUGCUGGGCGGCUUCUGCGCUCUCUUCUGCAGCUUUGGUUGGAUCAAUUGCAUCGGCGUCUUCCAGGAGUACUACCAAACCCAUCAAUUGAGCCAGUACUCGGCGAGCACCAUCUCCUGGAUUCCGUCGUGUGAAGCGUUCAUGAUGUUCUUUGGCGGCCCCGUAAUCGGUAAACUUUACGACAACUACGGGCCGCGCUGGAUCCUCCUCGUCGGAACUUUCCUGCACGUUUUCGGCUUAAUGAUGACGAGCCUUUCUGAAAAAUACUACCAGUUCAUCCUAGCGCAAGGUAUCGUCUCUUCCAUGGGGGCGAGCGCCAUCUUCUACCCGGCCAUGUCCACCAACGCCACCUGGUUCUUCCGCCGGCGCGCCCUCGCCUUUGGCUUGAUGGCCGCCGGCUCGUCCAUCGGCGGUGUGUGUUUUCCCCUUCUCGUCUCGCACCUCAUCCCCCAGGUCGGAUUUCCCUGGACCAUGCGCAUCUGCGCCUUCCUGAUCCUCUUCCUUAUGGGCAUUGGAAAUCUUACGAUUAAGUCGCGCAUCCCGCCCAUGCCGAAGCCGCUGGCCCCUAUCGAAUUCCUGCUGCCGUUCAAGGAGCUCCCUUAUCUCUUCUUAACGAUCGGAUCCUUCCUCUUCUUCAUGGGCAUGUUCCUUCCCAUCAACUACCUGAUUGUGCAAGCCACAGCCGAAGGCAUGUCUGCUCGGCUGGCCGGCUACCUCAUCCCCAUCCUCAACGCCCUGUCUCUCUUCGGCCGAAUUCUGCCGGGCUACGUUGGCGACAAGGUCGGCCGCUACAACGUGAUGCUAGUUCUCUGCUCGCUGACCGCCGUGCUCGACCUGGCGCUGUGGAUCCCGGCCUCCGGAAACGCCGCCCUCAUCGUCUUCGCCGCCGCCUAUGGCUUCGGCAGCGGCGCCUUCGUCUCCAUGGCACCCGCCCUCAUCGCCCAGAUCUCCGACGUGCGCAAAAUCGGCGUCCGUACGGGGGCGAUGUUUGCAGUGAUCAGUAUUGCUGCCCUCAUCUCCAACCCCAUCGCCGGCGCCAUUGUUGCCGCCGAGAACGGGAGCUUCACCGGCCUGAAGAUCUUUUGCGGCGUCAUGCAGAUAGCCGGCGCCGUCUUCAUCCUGUUCAGCAGGACGGCAUUGGUGGGAUUGAAGUUGAAGGUCAAGGUUUGA